AUGAACCGCAUCCGCCAAGAAAUCCCCAGCGGUGCCAAAAUGCAAAACUACUCCGUGGUGAAUUGGUAUGCGUAUUCCGGCGGAUAUCCUUCGUGGGGUUCCGAGAACGGGGUCAGUGUGGACUACUCGACCAUGCCGCCGGUGGGUGCCAUUCAUGACGCUCAUUCCAUGGAUAGUUAUGCCUUUUGCGAGAUGGCCAACGCGAUCCUGAGCCAAACGAAUUCGCAAUUCUUCAACUCUUGUGGGCCGACCGCGGUUUUGGCAGCUCUCACCGCACGCUCGCCGGUGCAGGCCUUCAAAAAGGCGCUGCAGCUUUACUACACGGGUGCCUUGCCUGGUAUGUCAGAAGCGUGCCCUUAUGUCUAUGAGCAGCAGCCAGGUCUCGUGCCUUUCCGUCCGGAUCAGCCGGGUGGAGACAGAUAUCAUGGGAAUCUCUGGUGUCCAGUUGAAGAUGUGCAGUCCAAACAGUUUUUGAUUGAUGGACAAUGCCAGGCAGUGGGCCUCCAACGCAUGUGGGUGACAGCGAUGAUUGGUUCCCUUGAACAUGAAGUUCAGCUGGCAGCCAAUGGAGAUGAUCAAUGUGAGAAGAUCCUUACCAGUGUCUAUCCCGGCGAAGUGAUGACCUUGUUUGACGAUGGCGACCUGAUCUUCAGAUUUGCUGAUCGUCCAAAACACCCUUCAAACUCCAGGACAGCCCCUUGA